AUGGGUUGCUGCACCUCCACCCCCAAACAAAGGGAGAACCCCAACUCCGGCGACGACGGCCAGCACAACACCCCCGGCACCAAUGUCAACCCCCACGAUCAUUCGCAGUCCCCCGCCGGACAAGCAAGGCCUUCGCGCAGGAGGUUUUUUCUGAAAGAUACCUAUCGGAUCGCAAAGCCAUUACCCCUACCCCUACCUCCCGGGCAUGCAGGGCCAUCGCGGCUCCCCCCCGAGCAUGCAGGGCGUUCGCGCAUUAGGUUUUUUCUGAAAGAUAAUUCCAGGAAUGCAGAGCCAUUACCCCUACCCCUACCUCAAGGGCAUGCAGGGCCAUUGCAGCUCCCCUCAGGGCAUGCAGGGCCAUUGCAUCUCCCCCCCGGGCAUGCAGGGCCAUUGCAUCUCCCCCCCGGGCAUGCAGGGCCAUUGCAGCCCCCCUCCGGGCAUGCAGGGCCAUCGCAUCUACUCCCCGGGCAUGCAGGGCCAUUGAACCCACCCACCAGGCAUGCAGGGCCAUUGGAGCCAAUCCCCGAGCAAGCAUGGCCAUUGGAGGCAAUCCCCGAGCAAGCAGGGUCGUCGCAGCCUCCAGCCCAGGGAACAUCAUCCUUCCGCCACUACAAUUAUGGGGAGCUAGUGGCAGCGACGCAAGGAUAUGCCAACGAGAACAUACUCGCAACUGGCGGCGGUCUAAUCCCGAACUACAUCUACCGGGGCCGCCUUCGUGACGGCCAAAAGGUCGCCAUCAAGAGGUUCUCCUCGGAAGCCUGGCCUCUUGUCGAUUUGUUCAAGGAGGAGGCGAUUAAAGCGGGAAGGUUGAGACACCGGCGGCUUGCGAGCUUGAUUGGGUACUGCUGCCAGGGUGAUGAGCGGUUUCUUGUGGCGGAGUUCAAGCCCUAUGAUUCACUCGCCAAGCAUCUUUUCAACGCUAAUAAGACAAUGGAGUGGUCUAUGCGCUUGAGAGUCGCAUGUUAUAUAGCAGAAGGCUUGGAAUAUUGCUGCAAUGAAGGACAAGCUCUAUAUCAUGAUCUGACUCCAUAUAAAGUUCUCUUUGAUGAGGGCGGCAAUGCUUGUCUUUCUUGUUUCGGUCUUGUGAAAAAUAGGAGGGAUGGUAGAUGUUUUGCCACUAACAUUUCUUACUAUUCUCCAGAUAUCAUAAGAGGAAGAACCACUCGUGAAAGCAUGAUAUUCAACUUUGGUCUUGUGCUACAUGAUCUACUGAGCGGAGAGCAAAUUUCAGUACAACGGAACGUAGAAUUGAUUAUGGGUAUAAGAAUCCCUAUAGUUCUGGAUCCACGUUUGAAGGGUAAAUGUUCCGCUGAAGAAGCAACAGGUUUGGAGGAACUUGCUCAUCAAUGUCAGCUAUAUAAACAUACUGACCGACCCACCAUAGAAGAUGUUAUUGCAACCCUUGCUAAAAUUCAAAGCAAUGCUGCGACUGGAGCAAGAUAAAACCACACCAAUGAGCGUGGGAGACUUAGAAGCAAAAUAAAACCUAACUUUUUUGGGGAACUCAGAAGCAAGAUAAAACCUCACUUUUCCGGGAACUCACAAGGUGCACAACAUCACCUUUCCACAUUUGCCAAAAGCCAAAAAUUGGAGUAAAUUUUUGCAUCAGAAACGCCUAUUACUACAUUGAUUUGAUACACCAGUUUUGUGUUUUUUUCUUUGUUGGUGUAUCUAGAUAAGUGUGGAUGUCCUUUGUUGGUGUAUAUAGAUGAGUGUAAAUAUGAAUAUCAAAUUUCUGAGCUACUACAUAACUUCGGUUAUCCUACAUAGAGUUCAGCUUUGCCAUCA